CGGGAAAGGCGUGACGAAUCCAACAGCAGCUCAGCGAGGAAGCUUUGCCUUUACUCGGCUCCCUACUCUCUCUAGGGCGCAUUUCUCCCUCCCGUGCUCUGUCUCGCCUCUCAUCGCCGUUACAGAUCGGUCGGUAUAGAUCGUCGAUUGCUUGAGUUAGCUAGCGGCGCGAACAUUGUGUGUUGUGUUUUAUGAUUUUUUAUGUGAACGAGUGUGUUCUCGCCGUUGCAUUUUGGUCGGUGGUGCGUUAGAUGGAACAGCACUUACUCUUUGUAAAUCGCUCUGUUGAUGGAUUUUUAUGCUUUGUGAUGCAACUCUAAUCAUAAAAAGGCUGGAAAAGUAACGGUGUGGACUGUGGAAAGCUCAUAUGCUUUUAGUUGUCAGUAAACUGAUUGUAAUUUGUAGUUAUACUGUAUUGUUUUGUUAUUUGUCAUCAUAUCAGUGUUCACUAGUUUGUGAAUGGUCUCGCUGCAUGUGUUAAAGCAAGUGUAUGGAGUAUUUUUUUUAUGUUUGAGAUUUCUUUUUUUAUUGAUAGUAUUGCUAAGGUAUGAGCAUAUUGCAUUGUUUUUGGUAAAGUUGUCGAUAUGUCACGAACAUUUGACCAUUCACUCCAUCCCCUAAACCAGCAUGAAGCUAGUUUGUGUUCAUGUUGUUCUGGCCGGUUCUGUUUGGGAGAUUGCACAAGAAAAGCAUUUAUUUUAUGAAUCCAUGCACUAAUAGAUAAAUUUAUUAUAUUCCAUUAAAGGGAAAAAAAUCAUUAUUGGGCCCUUCAUAGAAAACAGAACAACUACGCAUUCACCAUUCAGCUUAUACCCAAAUCUCGAACACUAUAACCCUACGCAUUCAGCUUAAACCCUACGCAUUCAGCUUAUACCCAAAUCUCCAUUCACACUCUCAGUCGACCAUUCUAGCUUAGAAGCUUAUGGGGCCUGGUGUGCGCUUCACGGUGUUUAAGUUUAACAUGCCGUGUUUCCAGAUCUUUAGUUUCGAGGAGGUGGAUUUAAAGGAUGAUACUGAUCUUGUAAAAUCUGGAAUUCCUGUUGUUUGUUGUGAUAAAGGAAUUGUGAGUAACUACUUUCCGAUUAUGCCUCAAUUAUGCCGUGUCGGUGGUGCCUUGUUCAUGAUGCAGACCCCAAAGUCGGGUAGGUCCAAAUUGUUGUGGUCUGCACCGUCACCACCAGUGCCCGUUGGUUCUACCUGGACUUGUUGCGCUGCUUUGGAUUCAAGGCGAUUAUUCCCCACGAUAGUCCCGUUACGUGAUGGCAGGAUAUUCAUCUUCGGGGGCACUCCUCGUCUAAGAGGUUGGAUCGAGAUCUACGACCCGCAGAAAGGCGAGUUUGACCGGAGGAACAUUCCUGAGCUGUUCUUUGACUUUAUUGCCUUCUCAUCGGCUGGCUUUGAGUGGGACAACAAUUUGGUUAUGGUGCUGUUGUUACCUGAUACCUUGACAUCUUACUUUCCAUCACAAUUCAGCGGACCAAUUCUCCUCUCGUACAACGUGGAAACAGACAUCUGGGAAUACUUCGAAAUGGAAUUCCCCAAAUCUGAACUAGAGCAGAGGAAGAUCAUAUAUGUGGGGGGAAAUAUCCUAUUCCUUAUCGACCAAGCAUCUGGUUGGUUAGUCUACCAUCUCAUAGACAAAACAGUGGUGGCGAAGGUGGACGUGAUGGUUGAGGAUAAGGAAGGGAGAGUGAUGCAAGCUUUGUACCUCGGCAACAAUGAUCAAAAUACUAGUUGGAUCUUCCACAUAUUCGUGGAAGAGGAGACUCGAACUAGAAUUCGUUAUGCCAAGGUCGAAGUUUCCCAAGCGGAUUACACUGCUACAGUUCAGUUGAGCUGUAAUCUGGGAUUUGGUUUCUAUUACGACAUUUAUGUCAUUGCCGAUGAAGGGAGCUGCGAAGAAGGACCCGUUGAAAGAGAAAGAGGAGGAUCAGAAGUGAAAGCAUGAAAAAGAGGAGGAUCAGUAGUGAAUGAAAGCAUG